GAAUUUACGGUCCGUUGUCUUGUUCACUAAUCGAUUCGAUCUGAGAAAGAAAGAGAGAGAAAAAAAACGAUGUCGCGUUAUUUCACAUCUCCACCGCCUGUGUAUGCGAGGAACUGGGCGAACGGUCAGAACUUGGUCGAAUCGACUAAGAUCGAAAGACAAAUAGUCGAUUCGAAAAAGGUGCAUCGGAAAGAGAAGAAGGAGAAAAAGAAAUUAAAGGAAGAGAAGAAAUCUCUUGAACAGCAGUAUUCCCCAGCCAAGACAGUCUCUGAUGAAUCAGAACAGCUUGAGAAGAGUUGUUUGACGGAAGAACAUGAGCUACUUCACUCUGUUGGUUAUUUGUCUGAUGGUAGCCAGAACAGUAAGAAGAGAAGAAGGGAAACUUCUCCUGCUGUUGUUGAGAGUCAAAUCAAAGCUACACCUGUAGCUGGUAAACCACUACGGAUUCGUUUUGUCUUCAAGAAACCGAAAGAAGCUUCUGAGGUUGUACCUCAAGAAGAGGAUCGUGUUUGUUCCACCUCAGGGACAGAGAGACCCAGCGAAAUACCAAGUUCUGUCUCUCUUCCAAAGACCUGUGAUCAUGAUGAGAAUAUACUCUCAUCUUCUCUUGAGAGUGACAAGAUUGCAAUUCCUUCUGAAUCCAAGAAGAGAAAGAAACAUAAGCCAAGCAGAGAAUCUCGGUACAAUUCAUUGUUUGAUGAAUGGGUUCCUCCUUGCAAUUCAUUGGAGGGAGAUGAUAGCAACAGUGAUGACUGGCUUUUUGGAACAGGUCGGAAAGAUAAUGCUUCUUCUGCCAAGUCUUCUAAUAAGACUGAUGAAGACAUGCUCAUGAGCUUGCAGACUUCAGGAGAUUGUUCCUCUUAUCCUAGAGCUCUGUUAUUGUCUGAAGUCGGAAUUUUUUCAUUACCGUAUACAGUCCCGUUUUAGGUCCCAUAUUGUUUUGUUCUUUCUCAACUUAGCCAUAGGCCUUAGCUUGUACAGUACAACCACAGUGAUCUAUAAUACUUGUUGUAUGAUCUCUGUAUUUUUGACCCUAAUCAUAAAUUAUGGUUUCCACG